AAUAAUCACUCUAUAGAAGAUGAAAAUAUUGAAAAUAUUGACGACCCUGGAACCACUCGUCAAAGUUCAUCAUGUGAAUUAAAAGGAAAUAUUACAGUGGCACUUCCAGAAUGUGAAGAAUCGCCACAGUCAAAUUCAAACAUUGCAACGUAUUCUGGUUUAAGUUUAGCUGACUUAGGUACAUUGGAUACUGGACCAUGUCGCCCUGUUCUCUUUGCUUACAUAAAAACAAAAUUUGGAAAGCAGUAUAGGUCAUUCCAAAGUGAAUGGUAUACAAAUUAUGAAUGGUUAGAGUACAGCAUAAAAUGUAAUGCUGCGUUUUGUUUUGUUUGCCGAAUGUUCGGCUAAGGGCAAGUAUGGAGCAACAGCGUUUCACAGAUUUAUCAAUAUUGAAUAUUGAAAGAGAUAUUGUUAAUAAAAUUACUUCAUCAGAAAUACUAGAAAAAUAUUCAACUACUA